AUGGAAGUUGGGGAUUUCGAUCUGCGAGGUAUCGGUAUCAUAGUAAGCAGCCAGCAAAGCGGAGUGAAAGAUGUCAUCGUGAAAAGCAAGCUGAACGAUGGCUUAUGGAAGCCGGGCCAUUUGGCAGUGCCAGUUAGAAGAACUAAAAGCGAUGUUCAAGUUAAGGAACCGAAUAUGAGUUCCAGUGAACUACCCGACGCUCUGUUUUGUCGGUGUUUUGGCAGUUCGACAGGGAAGACUUCCUCGCGGACUGCGACAGACAAUUUUAUAGGAAGUUAUUCUAGCAGAACCGACAGCCAGCUAAAGUCAGGAAUUGAAAGUGCGGCUGUCGAUUACGAUGAUAGUCGAAAGUGCAAAUCUAGGUGUCUAGGUGUCCUGUGUGUAGGCUCGACACGAAGAACUCGCAGCUACUCUUGGGUAGGCAGCGGCAGCAAUGCAAUCACCUGCGCUGGUCGCCACCAUCAUUCCUACUUGACUCAGUCAGACAACAACCGGGUCUGUGAGCCGAUCGAACGCACGGCUCUGAUGUUUGGGAACGGCAUCGGUUUGGGUUCCAGAAGAAAUUACGGACUGUUUGCAAGUUCAGACAGCAACGUCGACGAGCAGAAACGAUUCCAGCACGACUCAAGCUGGUCAUACUCCGAUCCACUGUUGAAUGUUUCGACCAUCGUCACCGAGAAGCAGCGGAAAGAAGCUGACCCGGCGACGUUACGGGUAACUACAGCUUCAUCACAGCCUACCAUGUCUCAAGCAAAGUUAAAUGUAUCGAAGGUAGGAACCGCUGAUGCUGUGCUUAUGAAUUCAGCGUAA